UUUUUUACUGAGCUAUAGAGGCUUUACCAGCAGAUCUAAAGACCAGAGUUAGACCAUUAUCUAAAUUUUUGUAUCUUGUGCAAUAGACUAGUGAACUACUGAAUACUGAUACUUGCCUAUUGUUAAUUUGCGAUGGACGAAGAAACCACAUUUGAUCCUGAUCUGAUUCAUGCCAUUUUCAAGCACGUAUGGAGCCGAAGAGCUCACGAGCGUGAGAGAAACGAAGCAACUGGCAUCAUAGACUGCGAGGUGGGAGCUGGAACAUCCAAGAAAAAUCGCCCUACUUCUGCUAACAUAAAUGCGCUGAAGCUCAGUUGUGAGCUUCUCAGAGUUUACAUCAUAGAGGCUGUGCAGAGGGCUUCUUCAAUUGCUGAAGCAGAGGGUCUCACUAAGCUUGAAGCAACUCAUUUAGAGAGAAUUCUUCCGCAGUUACUUCUGGAUUUUUAAAGGACUUGAAGGGAAAAAAAUACACAAAUUUUCAGCUUUGAGCUGGUCAGGUUUCUUCCUGCUGCUUUUCAAUCUCCUCGAACCAUGGAAGUUCUUAAAGAAGUGACUGCAAAGAAAUGGAGUUUAGUGAGAAAACAUAGCUUCUGUAAUUUGUUUGUUCUCUUGUACAGAGAUGAACCAAUUUGGUGCAGAAUUUCUCCAUCUACAUUUUAAUAAUUCCACAUAAGCGAUCAUGGUUUAACUUGUU